CAAUCAUUCAAUAUUUUGGUAAUAAUUUGACAGUACUAGUUGAAAGCUAAAAUGUGCUAAAAUCAUACGAAAUAAACUCAUUUUGUCGCGUUAAAACCGUUAUUAGUAGAAAAAAAGCGUUAAGUGCUGUCCGCAAACAUGUAGGAAAUAAUGGAUCUGUAAUAUUUUACUGCGCCUUAUAUUAUAAUAGCUGUAGUGUUUGUGUAGGACUAAACGAAUGCAUUGUUCUAAAUAUUAGCAUACUAAGCGCAUUAAAAUUUGCGUAAAAAUGGAGAGCAUAGGCGAUUACGAGUACAACAGCAAAGACCUCAUAGGACAUGGGGCUUUUGCAGUGGUUUUUAAAGGGAGGCAUAAGAAGAGUCCAAAUUUGACAGUUGCCAUCAAAAGCAUCACAAAAAAGAGCCUUGCAAAAUCUCAAAAUCUCCUCGGGAAGGAAAUCAAAAUUUUGAAGGAAUUAACGGAACUUCACCAUGAAAAUGUAGUUGCCCUUUUGGACUGCAAAGAAUCUGCAAACAAUGUUUAUCUUGUUAUGGAGUAUUGCAAUGGAGGUGACUUGGCGGACUAUUUGGGAACCAAAGGUACUCUCAGUGAGGAUACAAUACGUCUAUUUUUGAUACAAUUGGCCGGUGCUAUGAAGGCUCUAUACGCGAAAGGCAUCGUGCACAGAGAUUUGAAGCCCCAAAACAUACUUUUAUCUCACAGUGGUGCCAAAUUGUACCCGCAACCUUCGGAAAUCAAGCUAAAAAUUGCUGAUUUCGGGUUCGCUAGGUUUCUGCAAGAUGGCGUUAUGGCCGCUACUCUGUGCGGAAGCCCUAUGUACAUGGCGCCCGAGGUCAUCAUGUCCCUCCAAUACGACGCGAAAGCGGAUUUGUGGAGCUUGGGAACCAUCGUUUUUCAAUGUUUAAUAGGGAAAGCCCCGUUUCAAGCCAACACGCCGCAACAACUUAAGCAGUUCUACGAAAAAAAUGCCAAUUUGGCGCCAAAGAUACCACCACAAACGAGUCCAGAACUAAGCGACCUAUUGCAGGGUUUGCUGAAGAGAAACGCCAAAGAUAGAAUGAACUUUGAAACAUUCUUCAACCAUAAAUUUUUGCAACGACCCGAACCGGCCGUUCAGAGUCCACUGCAAACAGAACUACCCUUCCCGAAUAUUUACGGAUCCAGCAAAGUUCCUUUAAGAACUACACCACCUGUUAAAGUAGCAACUCCUCCAAUUUCUCAACCAGAAUCGCCUCGAUCUACAAGAAACGCACUAAGUACGUCAAACGAAGACGAUGACGAUUAUGUUAUAGUUCCCCAAAACAUCCAAACCACAGAGGUGCAGCCGGCAGCGGAAACCGCCGAAAAAGAGAAACCUACGUCGUUGAAGUUGCCGCAAAAAUCCUCACCCACGGCGGUGCCCAUCGGGAGUCCCACAAGGCCCAGUUUUCUGCCCAUUUCGGAGCCGAUUCCCGUACCCACCAGAAGAUCGCACUACCAGAGGACCUACAGCGAAUCGGAUAAGAAGGAGGAGCCUGCUUCGCCGACCACCCGGCAACCUACUAAUAGUAGCGUGCCUAGAUCGCAACCCAUUACAAUGAAGAGACCGGAAAAGAAAAUCAACGACAUCGAUAUUAGUUCUCUGUCUCCACCUUCGGUACAGUUUGUGAUCGGUACGCCACCUGGCGGUCGUAGGCGAUCGACCUCUAGCAGCCUGUGCGAAACCCCCCCGCCCCCCAACAUCUGGACCGUCUCGCCCACCUCUGCGCGAACCGCGCCGAUGAACUCCCCCCUGAGAAGAUCGGGCACGUCCCCCCCGAUCCUCAGCGGCCCGUUGGCCAGGGUGCCGAUGCUGAGCAGCCCGAACUUGAGCGACAACAACAACUUGGGCAAGUCGCCGGUGGUGCCGUUCUGCACCAGGGCCGUUACGCUGCCGGAAAUCUCCGAAAUGGGAAACUAUCACGCCUUUUUCGGCGAUUCGGCUUCCAACAACGAAAACCAUCCCAUCACCUUUCUGGCUCCGGAGCUGAACGAGGAAACCUUGCUCGAGAAAGAGCACAACGAGACCUUGGCCAAGGUGAACUUCGUGUUGGCCCUGAGCAACUGCGUGCUGGAUCUGGCGGCUCAAAGGGCCACCCCCAUCGCGGCUCUGGUCGAUCCGGCUCAGCAGAACCAUCCGCAAAGCGAAAUGGGACGCAGAGCCGAGCAGCUAGUGCUAUUGGUGAGAGCCAUGCAACUGUUGGGUUCCGGCCUGGAUUUGGCCUGCACGCAGCUCAAAUCCGGGCAGCUGAGGCCCAGCAACACGGUCAAAAAUGUUAUUUCGACGUUAAACACCAAAUUCCGGACGACUUUGAACGAGUGCAAGCAACUCAACAGCACCGGCUUGUUGAAUAAACUGGGAUCUACAAACAUAACCGCGGACAAGAUUCUUUACAAUCAUGCCAUACAAAUGUGUCAAUCGGCAGCUUUGGACGAACUUUUCGGUAACCCGGAGGAAUGCUUCCAAAGGUACCAAACGGCGCAAAUACUUUUGCACAGCCUAUCCCAACAUGUCCACAAUCAACAAGAUAGGAUGCUUCUUACCAAAUAUAAAGAUGCCGUAGAGAAACGUUUGUUCGUUCUUCAACAACAAGGCUACAUCUACGCUACUGAUCUCAGUUAAAUAAAUAAAUUAAUAUAAAAAAAUAAUUUUCCAUAUAUAUAUUACAAAAUAUUUGCUAAAUAUUACUCAUACGUGCAAUUUAAUCUCAUUUUAGUUUUUUUUAGUCAAUUAAUUAGUUAGAUGGUGAUACAAAACUAUUAAUUUAAUUUGGUUUAUAUUUAUCUUCUAAUUUUAUAACCAUUAUUAUAUAAGCAUAAAUUACUUAGACCAUCAACCAAUGCUCUGUCAAGAUUUUAGGUUAAGGUUAAUGGUCUAAAGUUUGGUAAAAUUAUUAUUUUUAUUAUUAUUAUUAUUAAUAGUAAAAAACUAUAAAGCUUUUGUGCAACUUUGGACUGUAGUAAUGCGUUUUUCUAUUUGUUCUUUGCUGUACUUUUGUAAAUAAAGUGAAAGUGUCGAAUAAUGCGAUAGGUAGGCAACCUAGGUUGGGUGAAUUUAACUGUGUAAGAGGUAUUGUGUAUAUUCAUUAUAACUGUAUUGUAUUUAUUGUUUUUUGUUGAUUAAAGACAUUUAAUAUAUACCC